AUGAUUCCCGUGCUGGCCCUCCGGACAUCAAAGCAUAGCCCCGGAUUCACCACACGCGCCACAAGAACAUGCAUUAUUCGCGCUGUCGAUCUUGCUCUUUUCCACCUACUCGCCACCAUCAAGGACGAGAGCGACCCGGUAUUGGCUCAGACGGUCUGGAUUCUGGGGUUUUUAAUGGAUGGGCCGGGAGUAUCCACUCCUUACAACGUCUACAACGAGUCCGCUGCAAAACGUCCCGAAGUCACCCCGGAAGAAGGCAAGGUCAACGCAGACGCUCUACGCAUCCUCAACGCGUACUACUGCAGACUCGAAAUUCGUCUUGCUUCCGGAGACCGGUGA